UUAGUCAUUUCGUUUUGGUUAGUCGUACGAAUUGUUUCUUAUUUGUGAAAGCUCGUCGAACGGAAAACCGCUUUACCCUUUUGAAAAAUAAAGGAAAAAGUUCGUAAAAAGCGAGAGAGCCUAUCGAGUUAAAACACGAAGUGCAAAGUUCGUAUACUAAAAUGGUUGCCGAUAAUAUUGCCAUUGCGGCUGCUGAUCAGUCCUCAUCUGCUGUGGGUGUAAAGGAGCAGCUGCCAAAUGGCAAUUACAUUUUGGUUGGUGUUGAUAUAGAUACCACUGGACGCCGUCUUAUUGAUGAGAUUGUCCAGUUGGCCGCUUAUACUCCAACUGACCAUUUUGAGCAAUACAUUAUGCCGUAUAUGAAUCUCAACCCUGCCGCACGCCAGCGUCAUCAGGUUCGUGUUAUUUCGAUUGGUUUUUAUCGUAUGCUGAAGUCGAUGCAGACCUACAAGAUCAUUAAAUCAAAAUCGGAAAUCGCUGCACUCAAAGACUUCCUUGACUGGCUUGAGCAGCUUAAAUCGAAGAAUGCCAACUCGGAUGGCAUUGUCUUGGUCUACCACGAGGAGCGCAAAUUCAUACCCUAUAUGAUUUUGGAGUCGCUCAAGAAAUAUAGCCUGCUGGACAGGUUUACUAAGACCGUCAAAUCGUUUGCAAAUGGCCUCAACUUGGCCAAAUCGUCUAUAAGCGAUACCAAACGCUACACUCUACGCAAGUUGUCCAAGAUCUUGUCGAAGACCAACGAUGAUGACAACAAAUCGGAAAAUAUCGCCGACAGCAACAACAAUGCCGCUGUUAAUGUAACCAAUGAGAAGCGUUUGAAGAAUGGCAUCCAGUUUGAACGCGAGGAGUUCGAUGGCAAUGCCAGUGUGCGUGCCAAACUGGCCUUUAAUGUGGCUCUGCAGCUGAGCAAUGGAAUGGAGCGUAAGGCUCAGCCGGAGUCUUCAGAGGUAUUGGAGAAUCUCUUCAAUGCCCUGAAGCCGUUUGCCAAGCCGAUUGGCUGUGAUAUUCGCGAAUUGGAUACACAGAACGAGAAUUUGGAGCGUCAGAACUCCUUCCGUCCAGUGUUCUUGAACUAUUUCAAGACCACCCUAUACCACCGUGUGCGUGCUGUGAAAUUCCGCAUUGUGCUGGCUGAGCAAGGCUUCGAUUUGACCACCUUGAGUGCCAUCUGGUCCGAGAAACAUAAGGAAGGAAUAACAGAGGCUCUCCAGGCCAUAUCUAAUCUAAAGAGUGAGGAUAAAACCGAACUAAUUGAACUUUUGGAUAGCUACUUUGAUCCAAACAAAACAACCAUCAAACCUGUUGUUAAAACUAACAACAACCGCCGUCGCAAUAGGCGCGGAAAUUUAUCCUCUCAGAAAAAUGGAGCCGGUGCUAGCAGCUCCCGUUCCGCUAGUGCCGGUGCUGGUGGUGAUAAAUCGCAAAGUGUGCUGUCCGUGCCAGACUCCACUAUUAAGACGCCAUCGCCGUCGUCAAAAAGUGUUAACGGAAACUCUAGUCGUCCACAGCGUAAGCGUAACUCGCGCAACAGCUUGAAUACCAACGGACUGAAGCCCGAGACUCCGCUGAACAAGUCAGCUCCACCGACCCCGUCCGUAGCACCGGCUACCGUCGUCACUAAUAUACCCAUUGCAGCCUCCAACUAAAGUGCCUGGACGAAGCUGCGACCAUAAACAAAUUUUCAAGAAAAUGAACAUACUUCAAAUAUACACAAGUUAUAAUACACAAAUCAAGAAAUGAAAAAUAUCAAGUGCACUGCUGCUUUUCAAUCAAGAAACUAAAUAUACGAACUUUUUCUGAAGAACUGCACAGAUUAGAAACAAGAUCCCAAAUUCAAGUAUUUACAAAAUUUCCCGUCGUAAUUUGCAACAUGUCGUCGGUACCUAUCUAUCAUAUGUAUGUACGGGCAUGAAUAUGAACAAGUUAGUGAAUGGAUUAAAUUGACAUUCGUGAUCGGCAACAAUGUUUCAUGUACACAGGAUUACAUAUUUAAGCUCCAAUUCAGUUGAAAACGGGAAAAAUAAUCGAGAUGAUAUAAAGAUAUGAUGGUAAAACGAAAAAACGCGCUUAGACUCAUGCGGUUGAGCUGAUUUUUAAGAACGGCAACCUAACUAAACUUUCAUGGAUCUAAAUUGCACACGAAUUGAAUGCAAUAGGAAAUAAAAAUAUUGCACUCUUUACCAUUAUGUGAAAACCGACUAACAUAGAAGAAAGCAUAAAAAGCUUGAAAACUAAAAAGAAGUUUGAAGACAUCAUUAUGUCACUAGAUAGGUGACGUAUAUAAAUAGCAUUCGAUAAAUUCGUUGCGUUUAGGCAUAGUUUUCCAAAAGAAUGAUGCAGUGCACGGUCGUCGUUUAAAAUACAAAAACGAGUGGAAAAAUAUGACCCAUACAAACGCCUCGAUGAACUAGUACAUUGGGUAGACGUAAGCAACACACAUUCAUUUAAAAACGAAUUAGAUAUUAGAUUGCCCAAUGUGAACAAAUUCACAUUGAAGCUUAAACAGAAUUAUUUAAAUAAAUAUACAAGCUCAAAACGUAAUUUCGCACAAAAACACGCGAAGAGAGGAGAAACUACAACAUUUCAAGCGAUAUUUCACUAAACAUUACAAUUGUUUCAUGUUUGCACAUAAGUUUUUAUCAAUUUAUUCGAUAUUGUAAUAAAAAAUCGUAAUAAAUAAA